UUCACCUACGAUGAGGCAGCGGGGAUGCUGAAGGUGGUGAACCUGCAGACUGAAGGAAUCACCUGCACUAUAAGGUACCGUCAGAUCGGCCCACUCAUCGACAGGCAGAUCUUUAGUGCAGCGAAGAGGGAUGGUCAACGCACGCUUCGACUACGUCUAUGACAACAGUUCCGGGUCACCAGCAUGCAAGCGGUAAUCAACGAGACGCCUCUCCCAUCGACCUGUAUCGCUACGAUGACGUGUCGGGAAACGAGAGCAGUUUGGGAAGUUCGGGGCAUCUACUACGACAUCAACCAGAUAAUCACCACGGCCGUGAUGACACACACCAAACACUCGAUGCCUACGGCCGCGUGAAGGAAUCCAGUACGAGAUCUUCAGGUCACUCAUUGUACUGGAUGAUGGUGCAGUAUGAUAACAUGGACGCGUGGUCGCCAAGGAACUCAAGGUGGGUCCGUAUGCCAACACCACUCGGUAUACCUAUGAAUACGACGCUGAUGGGCAGCUCCAGGUAGUAUCCAUCAACGACAAGCCACUGUGGCGUUACAGCUACGACCUGAACGGUAACCUUCACCUGCUGAGCCCCGGGAACAGCGCCCGCCUCACGCCGCUACGUUACGACCUCCGAGACCGCAUCACCAGGCUGGGAGACGUCCAGUACCGCAUGGACGAGGACGGCUUUCUGAAGCAGAGAGGGAAUGAAUUCUUUGAGUACAGCUCCCCUGGACUACUGGUUAAGGUCUACAACCGGGUGAGCGGCUGGAGCAUCCGUUACCGGUACGAUGGUCUGGGUCGGAGGGUCUCAUCCAGGUCCAGUCUGGGUCACCACCUCCAGUUCUUCUAUGCUGACCUGUCCAGCCCCACCCGGGUCACGCACAUGUACAACCACACCAGCUCAGAGAUCUCUUCCCUGUACUACGACCUGCAGGGACACCUGUUCUCCAUGGAGCUCAGUAGUGGGGAUGAGUUUUAUGUAGCGUGUGAUACAAUCGGCACGCCGCAGGCCGUCUUCAGAUCCUCCACACUGCUUUCGGGAGGUGUACCUGGACUCCAACCCAAGCUUCCACCUCAUCCUGGCGGGUACCAGGGGGGUCUGUAUGAGCCCCUGAGCCGCCUGGUACACAUGGGCCGGAGGGACUAUGACACCCUGGCCGGGAUGGACCACGCCGGACCCCGAGGUGUGGAGCAGGCUGAACGCUAA